CUCAACAGUCUCACUCAACACAUCCUCAUCAACAGACAUCAGCAGGUUGAAAUAUGAGUAAAGAAGAGUUUGAAAAGACCUCUUUGGAGUUCAACAAGCUUCAAAACGAUCUGUCGACGCUGUUGUCGACACGUCAACAACUGGAGACCCAGUUCCAGGAGAAUGACAUUGUUCGUAAAGAGUUUGAAUCACUCGAUGACGACGCUAAGAUCUACAAACUUACUGGCCCGGUACUGCUACCACAGGACAAGGCCGAAGCUGAGAUGAAUGUGGACAAGAGAAUCGAGUUCAUCAAGAAGGAGAUUGAAAGAGCAGAGGGGUCGAUCACCACCACACAGGCCAAGCUGGACCAGGCGAGGGAAAAGCUCAUACAGAUUCGCUCAUCUCUUCAGUCAUAACCGUGUAUUUCAUCUUCUUUUGGUUGUAUAUAGAACUACAUAUACAUAUGUAAAGAAAUCAACCUCUUGUUGCUUGGCUCUUAAUCAGGUUCAGUCCACUGUUCACCGUGUAGAACAGAAACUCUUCAACGUCAUUGUAGACCUGGCCCAGAUCACCGAGGU